AUGAAACGAGUGUUUGAACCUGCCAGGAGGAGUUUACUGGAUGUGAUUAGGAAAAAUCUACGCACAGCUGACAGGGUUACGUAUAUAACGCGUAUCGUAUAUAUAGGAGAAUACGUUGGUUCGCAUAUCGACUUGGAAAAGAAAAUGGAAUCUGUGAUUAACGAUUUAAAAGCAGAUUACGUGAACAUUUCCAUAAGUGGGUUGUUGCUAGUAUAUCCGCAAUACUACGUGCACGUGUUAGAGGCGUCGGAAGAAAUUGUUUAUAAACAUUUGGAAGGCUUGUAUAGCAAUCAACACGGGGAUUGCAAACUCAAAAAGGCAAUUUUUCUUCCAUCACAUCAGCAUGUCCAUCAAAGGUUUUUUACGGAAUGGUUUCACGUGUACACGAUCCCGCCUACCUUAUUAGAAAAAUUGGAAUCGCACGAAAUGACUGAAAUUCAAACGCAGGUAUCCAAUUGUUUGAAAAAAGUGUACACUUUAUGCGACAAUAUCGGCAACACGGUCCGCGAUUUUUCAGUUCCCAUGAAGGAUGUUGUACGGAACAUAAGCGGUAACGUUGCCAGACUUUUCCCCGAGAGUACCGUGUUGGAGUACUUGUUGAACGUCAACUGUCCCGUCCUUUUCACUGCGGAGGAAUUUCUCAAAGUGUAUGCCACAGUUCCGUUGGUCAAUUUAUAUUCCGAGUAUUUACAAUAUCAAAAAAACGUCUCCUUGUAUGGGGUACAUGAAAUUUGUGUCAUAUAUCGCUAAACUAAUU